AUGACCGCUAUCAACCUAAUUAGUAAUUGUACCAUGAAACCUUCCUCAAGAUUUCUCCUAAUUGGUAGAAAGAAAUCAUCUUUUCUCUCAACAUGUCACCACCAUUCUCUUACAAUGUCUAAUAAACCUCUUGUUCUCAAUCUUAACAACAAAACCACGCACUACCCUUGUAUCUUUGAAUUCGGACGCCUAAUGAACGGUUUUCAACAAGUUUUACGGUUACCCUCUUGGAAUUUAUGCCAUUCAAGAACAUGUAUCAGGAUAAGAGCAACCAAAACAGAAAGAGUUUCUUGUAUCGAUGGAGUGUCCUUCAAGGCACGUGAAUUCUCGAACUCGGUUGAGACCAAGGCUAGAGGAGAUGAAGAUGAUUUGAAGGAGAAGAAUUGUGAUGGUUUGAAGAAUUUUGAUGAGGAAGAAACUGAUGUGGAGAAAGAGGCAUGGAAAUUGUUGCAAAAAGCACUUGUUACAUAUUGUGAUGCACCUGUUGGAACCGUUGCGGCAAAUGAUGAAGCGGAUAAAGACUCGCCUUUGAAUUAUGAUCAAGUUUUUAUCAGAGACUUUGUUCCUUCUGCUCUUGCUUUCUUGCUCAAAGGAGAAAAAGAGAUUGUCAAGAACUUUCUCCUUCAUACCUUGCAACUCCAGAGUUGGGAGAAAACAGUGGAUUGCUAUAGCCCGGGACAGGGCUUGAUGCCUGCAAGUUUCAAAGUUAAAACUAUGGAAUUUGAUGACAAAAAGACAGGAGAGGUUUUAGAUCCUGAUUUUGGAGAAUCGGCCAUUGGUCGCGUUGCUCCAGUCGAUUCAGGAUUGUGGUGGAUCAUUCUGCUUAGGGCUUAUGGAAAACUCACUGGUGAUUACACCUUGCAAGAAAAGUUAGAAGUUCAAACAGGCUUACAAAUGAUCCUUAACUUGUGUUUAUCAGAUGGAUUUGACAUGUUUCCUUCUCUAUUAGUAACUGAUGGAUCUUGCAUGAUAGAUAGAAGGAUGGGUAUUCAUGGCCACCCUCUUGAGAUUCAAGCAUUAUUUUACUCGGCUCUUCGCUCGGCUCGCGAAAUGGUUAUCGUAAACGAUGAACAUAGUAAUCUGAUUGGCGAAAUCAACAAUAGACUAAGUGCAUUGUCUUUUCACAUUAGAGAGUAUUAUUGGUUGGAUAUGAGAAAGGUGAAUGAAAUAUAUAGGUAUAAAACAGAAGAGUACUCUUUAGAUGCAACUAACAAGUUCAACAUUUAUCCAGAACAAAUUCCAAUGUGGUUAAUGGAUUGGGUUCCAGAAGAAGGUGGUUAUUUGAUAGGAAAUCUACAACCUGCUCACAUGGAUUUUCGGUUUUUCAUGCUUGGAAAUCUUUGGGCGAUCGUUUCGUCUUUAGGUACACCGAGACAGAACAAAUCUAUUUUGAAUCUUAUAGAUUCGAAAUGGGAUGAUCUUGUGGGUGAAAUGCCGCUUAAGAUAUGUUAUCCUGCCUUGGAACAUGAAGAAUGGCGCUUAAUCACCGGCAGCGACCCUAAGAAUACUCCUUGGUCAUAUCACAAUGGCGGAUCUUGGCCUACCCUGAUGUGGCAGUUUACGUUAGCAUGCAUCAAAAUGGGAAAGACUGAUUUAGCCGAAAAGGCAGUUGGUUUGGCGGAGAAAAGGCUUCCGUUUGAUUCAUGGCCGGAAUACUAUGACACGAAAACAGGAAGAUUUGUUGGAAAACAAGCAAGACUUUUUCAAACAUGGACAUUAGCCGGGUUUCUUGCAUCUAAGAUGCUUUUGAAGCAUCCUGAAAUAGCAUCAUUGUUAUGUUGGGAUGAAGAUCUUGAUAUUCUUGAAACAUGUGUUUGUGUACUCAAUAAGAGUGGUAGGACAAAAUGCUCUCGUGAUGUUGCAAAGUCACACAUUUUAGUAUGA